AUGACAACCAUUGAAGAGACAAACAUCAAGCCCGUUGCGACACCAGUCGAGGUGGGCAUCUCAAUCAUUCAAUACGACCCCGCUCUCGCCUCCCUCAUCGGCCCAAGCCCAACCCACGCCCUCCUCCUCUCCUCCGUAGACACCUCAGCCAACGCCUUCUUCCACCGCGGAUGCGUAUACGUCUCCUCCCGGAAAGAGCUAUGGACGACCUCCGCCCCUCUAGCAGCAACGGACCCCACGCGGCCCCCCACGAUCCUCAUGUCAAAGGUCAACAUUGAGCCCAGCAAAACCAACGAUACACUCUCCGUGAAAUGGGCCAAGAUGCGCCCGCCCCCAACCAUGCCCAUGCCCGCGGGCGGCUGCGCAGUCGGAGACGACGUCGCCGUCUGGUGUUCCCAGGGGACCAUGGCCUUGCAGACGGGCGGCGUGCUGAUGAUGCAGGCGGGUAGACCCCCGCAGCGCGUGGCGUCCGGCUACUAUGGCCACGAUUUCAACUCCCCACACAGCGCGGCCGUCUCGCCCCUCGAUAACGGCAUCUGGUUCACGGAUCCGUGCUGCGGGCAUGAGCAGGACUUUAGGGCGCGUCCUCAGCUGCCGCCGCAGGUGUAUCGCUGGGAGCCGAAGACGGGGGAGGUGAGAGCUAUGGCGGAUGGGUUCAAGCGGCCGACUGGGAUUACGAUUGACGAGGAGUUUUCGACGGUGUAUGUUGCGGAUGCUGGUGGCGUGCGUGUUGAUGGGAGCCUCGACUUGACCGAGUGA